AGGGUUGUUAAUCUUUCCAUGAUGAUCGGCAGUUCUUGGAUAAGGAAAUGGACCGCAUUCUGAGGUUAACUACCAGGUGUAUGUGGGGGAGUGUGUGUGUGUGUGUGUGGGGGUGGGGGGUGUUACAACUCCCAGCCAGGUCAGAAUAUGCUUUCUUUAAUCAGAACAGAACAAUCACAGUUAGCAUAGCAUGAUUUUUCUUAUAACUGUAGCUAGUCCCCACUAUUCUAUUUCUGCCCCUAACAGAGCCCUUGGUUCUUGUGCAUUUAUUUAACAAAUACUGAUUGAGCACCUGCUCUGAUUCAAACAGACCUACCCACCGUGGUCGUGGGGCUGACGUCCCAAUGGGGGCAAAGAAGAUGAGUGCAGGGUGUGUCCGGUGACAUGUGACAAGGGAAAGGGCAAAGCAGGCUUACAACGUGGGGAAUGCGGUGGGGAAGGCUUUGCCUGCGUGUGUGAGCAAAGGCCCGAGUGAGGUGGGGCAUGAGCCAUGAGGGUAUCUGGGGGGAGGGUAUUCAGGCUGAGGGAUCUGCCAGUGCAAAGGCCCUGGGGCAGGAGUGUGCCUGUCCCGGGCAUAGGGAGGAGGCCAAGGCAGAGAGGGAAUCGGGCUAGAUCUUGCAGGUCUGUGUGGCCACAGUGGAUCUGUCUGAGGCCAGGGCCGGAAGCAGCUCUGGUACGUAGGGGGAACAGACGGCGGGGAGCGGGGGAGAGGCUGGGGCAGGUGCAGUGAGGAUCAAGGCCAGGAGAGAAGGCCGCACUGGUGUUCAGGGGGGAGAUGGUAGCAGACCCCGGGUGAUGGCAGCUGGGGUGCUGAGAAGUGAUUGCAGGGACUCCGCAGACAUUUUUUUUUUAACCAAUACUUUUUUCCCCCCUUUAUUGAAUAAGAUAUUACAAAUGUGUCCUUAUCCCCCCAAUGUCCCCUCAUCCCCGCAAUCCGCAGACAUUUUGACAGCCGACACAUUUGCUGGGACGGGACUGUGGGCAGUGAAAGGCCAAGGUCACAUGACUGGGGGCGGGGGCGUCCAAGGAGAAAAUGAAGAGCUCGGGGUGACCUCCUCGGCCUGUGUCAUUGGUUCUGCUUGGACCGGGUUCCAGCCCCAGCUCCUCAAUCCGUCUUCCCUACCUAUCUGGCCACAGGCAUGAGGGGCCUCCGGCGGAGAUGAUAGUGUUGGCACCAGCCUGGAGCCCAACUACCUCCCUGCUGCUGCUGCUGCUGCUGCUGAGCCCCGGCCUCUGUGGGACCCCAGACUGCUCCUUCCGCCACAGCCCCAUCUCCUCCACCUUCGCGGACACCAUCCGCAAGCUGUCAGACUACCUGCUCCAGGAUUACCCGGUCACGGUCGCCGCCAACCUGCAGGACGACAAGCUCUGCGGGGCCUUCUGGCGCCUGGUGCUGGCCCAGCGCUGGAUGGGGCAGCUCAAGAGCGUGGCGGGGUCCCAGAUGGAAAAGCUGCUGGAGGCCGUGAACACCGAGAUACACUUUGUCACCUUAUGCGCCCUCCAGCCCCUCCCUAGCUGUCUUCGCUUCGUCCAGACCAACAUCUCCCACCUCCUGCAGGACACCUCCGAGCAGCUGGUGGCCUUGAAGCCCUGGAUCACCCGCUGGAAUUUCUCUGGGUGCCUGGAGCUGCAGUGUCAGCCGGACUCCUCCACUCUGCUGCCCUCAGUGAGCCCCCUGGCCUUGGCGGCCACAGCCCUGCCAGCCCCACAGGCUUCUUUGCUGCUCCUGCUGCUGCUGCUGCCUGCGGCCCUUGCGCUGCUGGUCGCUGCCUGGUGCCUGGGCUGGCGAAGGAGGAGGCGGAGGCCCUGCCCUGGGGAGCAGUCUUCCAGCGUGUGUGCGGGAAAUCCUUGAUCCGGCCUUAGGUCUCAUGAAAGGUGCAGCAGCA